ACCACAAAAGCUUUUACAAGAAUCAUGAGAAUAACCAAUCUCGAGGUACAACUAUCCACAGGAACUUCAUUUUCCUUAAACUUCUAAUAAUAACCUGAACUCCCAACAGCAGGUUUCAAUCUUCCUGCCAAAUUCUAACCAUGGCACGAAUGCUCGCUCCGAUCGUUCGUUACAACGAUGUCCAAUGGCGCGCAAUAAAAUCCAGUACGUUUGCAUACUUCAACUCGCAGUCUUCAAUCUCAAUCAUCUUGUCACAAUAAAGCCAUUUAACUAACACAAAAGUAGAAGCAAAUAACAAUCAUCCAUCUCUCAAACCCGAAGAUAUCGAAAUCAUCAAAGAGGUUAUUAGGGUUCAUAAUGCUAUUUGUAUGUCCAUCCACUGUCCAUCUGUGACACUAUUGCCGCGUCAACCCAGGUUUCCACAUAUCAAUGACCUUGAGAGCAAAACUAAUGUGCAAAUUACAGUAAAUAAUACAGAUCCAACGCCUCUUUCACAAUUCCAAGAUUCUAUUAGAUAUGAUGAAAGACAGGUUAUCAAGUACUUUCUUUGGAGUAAAAGUACGUAUUUCCCAAUUCUUUACUUUAAUGUCCCGAAAGGACAUGGCAUCAUUUUUCUCUUCUUUGACCCAUCCAAAGCCUAAAGAUUCCCGCUAAUCCACCAGCAGCAAGAGAACACAACAGUACACUCACCCUUAUCAGCACCUACUAUCUUCCCAAGCGUCGUCCUCAAGGUGGGGUUAGUAAGCAGCAGAAACAAGCAGAUGAGGCUAUGAGACCAAGAAGAGAUCCGCGCGGAACUACAUAUGGAUUCGUGAGACGACCCGAGAGAAGGGUUGAUGAUGCAGCUGUAGAUACUGCUGUGGAGAAUGGUGGAUCGGAGGGCGUAAUUGGAGUAGGAAGUGAGGUCGCUGAAAAUGGGGGAGGUGAGAGUGGGAUUGGAAAUGAGGCCCCAGCCAUGGGAAGUAGCCCGCGUGCGAAGCAAAAUCCUGCUGGGAAAAACAAUCCGGGUGGAAAAAAGCAGAUGCUACGUUUGAAAUUGAGAUCAAAUACCAGCAAUGAGUUUCUGAGAAGGAGCGAAAGAAUAGUUGGAGGAGCCGCUAAAAAGAAUUUCGACAUCAGUAUGGAGGGUAUUAGAGAGGUCGCUAUGAACGAGGAUACGAGCACGACCAACGAUAUGAGAAGUUCAAAAAGAUUUCAGGAUUCGACGGAUUCGGCAGAUUCAACGGGAUCGAUGGGAUCGAGGGGAUCGAGCAACUCAGCUCCGAGUGAUGAAACGAAUGAUACACCUAUCGGAAACGAUACCAUUUCCAACAACACGUACGCAUCACCAUACAUCCCUCUCAACACGGCCUACAAAUCACCAUAUACACCAAUCCCCGAGAUCGACGACAAGGCUCCAGGUCACGAAAGUACUUUCUCAGCGGAGGAUGUUGAUAAUACAUAUGAUUCUAGUUUUGUCGCAGAAGGCAAGAGUCAGGGAAGCAAUAGUAAUAACACGGUUUUGGCUGAGGAUCCCGAGGAACAUUUUCCUCCUGGUAUGACUAAUAAGUUACCCUAUGAUCCAUUUUCGAACGCUGGCUAUCAGUUUGAAGAACGCGAUAGUACUAUUUCGGCCCUGGGUGCGGAUGAGCGCGAUAAUGCUCGGUUUGAAGAUAUGGAGGUAGAUGGGUAGAUUGGCCGCAGAGAGCCCACUCCGCCUGCACAAAGUGCGAAUGAAAUUCUAGCAGCUUAUUCUUACAAAUUGGUUGAUGAAGCGUUAGAUUCGGUGGCAGACUCAGACGGGGUUUAAUAAAUACAGCGCUAGUGUUGAUAGCAAGUAUGAUGAAGAUAUAGACAUGGCUCGGCAAGCUUUAAGAUUUGAAUACAAGGUUAUGCAG